AUGCUUGGUGAAUCAUACUCUAAAUUGAAGGAAGGUGUAACUUGGGAGCAUAUUUUGGAUUUUAUUCGUGAAGGUGAAAUUACUGAUGAUACUAAUCAACGAAUACUUCUUCUUGAACGUCAAGAUUUAACUAACAUAUCUCGUGACUUUAACAUUAAUUAUGCUACAAGAAGACAUAAAAAUGAUGCAGUCAGUGUUGACCUAUGGGUCAAUGAACUGAAAAAUCAGCUUAAAGAAGAUUGUCCUAUCCUUUACUAUAAAGCCCAAGAUAAAGAUGAUAAUUUUUUAGAGAAAAAAGAUUUUGCUUUGAUUAUAAUGACAAAAUUUCAAGCAAAACAAAUACUGAAGUUUGGUCCCAAUAAAAUUUGUAUUGAUGGAACUCAUGGUACUAAUGCUUAUGACAUUCAGCUAUAUACCAUUAUGACAGUGGACGAAUAUGGCACAGGAUGUCCUGUCGCAUUUUGUUUUUCAAAUAGAGUACAUGAAACUAUAUUUACAUUAUUUUUUAAUCAAAUUAAAACUAAGGUUGGCAUCAUAAAAUCCAAAGUAUUUAUGUCGGAUGAUGCGCCAGCAUUUUACAACGCUUGGGUCAAUGUCAUGGGACCUGCUGAACAUAGGCUCUUAUGUACUUGGCAUGUUGAUAGAAAUUGGAGAGAUAAUUUGAAUCAAUUUAUAAAUGAUUUAUUAGCAGACAAAGAUACUGAAGCAUUUGGAUCAUAUUUUGUACAACAUUACUCUAAACGAUCAGAAGUCUGGGCAUAUUGUUAUCGUUUGAGACUCGGCAUUAACACCAACAUGUACUUAGAAUCGUACCAUAAGGUUUUGAAACAUAUUUACUUGGAAGGUAAAAAAUGUAAGCGCAUUGAUAAAACAAUUAAUGCAGUGAUGAAGUUAGCUCGUGACAGUAUGUUUAAAAGACUCAUCAAGGUAGCAAAAAAUGCAUCAAAUUCUAAAAGUAGAAAAAUUCAUGAAAGCCAUAAAAGCAGUGAAUCGAUUUCAUCAGAUAAAAUACAGAUCCUUGAAGGUGGACAGUCAUGGAUAGAAGAUACAAUUAUCGGAGAACAAGAAGAAUUGAUAGAGAUGAUUUCUCAGCCUUCUAUGAAAUGUACUACACUUAGUACACCUGGCAUAAGUGGAAAAAUUAUUAAUAAAGUAGAGCUUAUCCGUAGUCUAUGCGCUACAAGCAAAUGUGAAUAA